ACUCCUGAAACAGUGAGACAGAAAAGGGGAAGAUGGCAGCCAUUUUAAAAAGGAAUUAAAAAGGAAAAACAUAUGUGGUGGGUGUGUUAAUUUGAACAAGAACCUGGUGGGCAUCUGAAAACCCAUGGAAGCUCUAUUAAUACGAGGAGAUGGAGGGAGCAGCAAGUGGGUUGUGGCUGGCUGUAGGCGUAUGAAGGGAGGGAGGAUGGUGGAGGUGGUGCAUGAGGAGGCUCAAACUCGCAAGGGUCCAUGGACGGAGCAGGAGGACCUGCAGCUGGUUGGCUUCGUGGGGCUGUUUGGAGAGAGGCGCUGGGAUUUCAUAGCAAAAGUAUCAGGUCUCAACAGGACAGGCAAGAGCUGCAGGCUACGCUGGGUCAACUACCUAAGGCCUGACCUCAAGCAUGGGAGAAUGACCCCUCAGGAGGAAAGCCUGGUUCUUGAACUCCACGCUCGUUGGGGCAACAGGUGGUCACGAAUUGCUCGGAAAUUGCCAGGCCGCACAGAUAAUGAGAUCAAGAACUACUGGAGAACACAUAUGAGGAAGAAGGCUCAGGAACGUAGUUUAAGCGAGAAUUCAUCUUUACUCUCAUCACCAUGCUCGUAUUCGACUUCGUUGUCGUCGGAUCCGCAGCCAGCGAGGUCCAUGGUAGAAGGUGAGCCCCCCGUCCUGGAGAAGUCAGCAGGAGUAAUGGGUUCCUGCGAGAUGAGCCAAAGAGGCGUUGCAUGUGAAGAGACAGCAGAGGCCAGCAGCGGGCCGGGCUUCAUGGAACAGAUGUGGAAGGAAAUCGCGGCUUCGGAGACGCUCGUCUUCCCGGUAUACGAGAGUGAGGGUGGAAGCGCGCUUCCCUGCAACUCAAUGGCUUCUCCACUGUGGGAGUACUCGUGCGAUUCACUGUGGAAGAUGGAUGAAGAAGAAUUCUCUGUUGGGGACCAUUUUCUCUAAUGCUGAUCAUCAUGGAAUGUGUUGGUAGACUUCAAGGUGGCUUACUUCUGGAUACCAACUAUAAUGUACCCCAAUCUUGGCAGCCAUGACAUCUGGCAGUCAUCCAUGGCUUUCUUCUUUUCUUAUCUUUUUCCUUUUGUCAAAUGUGUGUGUUCUUCUUUUCUUUUGUGUAGACCAUCUUUAGCCAGGAAAUGUGAGUGCUACUUGCUUAGUCUGUCCAUGUCUGUCCAUAUGUACCAACAUAUUUCUUUCAUCAAUUUCAAAUGGAUAUAAAGUGU